AUGGCCGAGCCGAGCGCUGCCGUGCCGGCCGGGAGCUCCCCGAACGCGGCAGCCGCGGAGAGUUUCGCUAACGAACAAGCUGCCGAGCCAGUGCAGCAGCAGGAGCAGCAGCAGCAGCAGCAAGUUGUCGAUGAUGGAGCAAGCACAGUCGAUCCGCUCGUAAGAAUGCCCCAUCAGCAACAACAGCAUCGUGGUCGUCAAUUGACACCGUACGCCCACUAGGAAGUCGACCUCAGCAGCGAUUCAGGCUUCGCCGACGACGAUAUUGGCUCAGACACCACCAGUCUAGCCUCCAGCCUGAUCCGGGGACACGUCGAAAAUGGAAGGAAAUAUUCCACCCUUCGAGAUGAUUAUUGGGGACCCUCGGACGACCAGCAAUUCGAAACAAUGGACGCCGGACAUCUCAUGUACUUGCUGAUGGAAGGCGAGCGGGACAAUCUGCUCUAUCGUGCCCCUGUCGACAACCCCAAGUACGUGCUAGACAUUGGCACAGGAACGGGGACGUGGGUAAGAAAACUCCCUCUCCUGACUUGGACUGACGUGCUUAUAUGAGUUGCAGGCCAUCGACGUCGCAGAUAAAUUCCCAGACGCUUCCGUUUAUGGAGUAGAUCUGUAUCCACCACCGAAUACCUGGGUCGUAAGUGUGGAGUCCACAUAUGUCGGUAGUGAAAACAGGACAUUGGCUGAGCUAAUAUCGCAUAGCCGCCCAACUGCCAUCUCGAAGUCGAAGAUGUGAUUCUGGGCGACUGGAGCUUCAGGAAACCUUUCGAUCUGAUCCAUAUGCGGCUGCUGCUCGGGGCCUUCACCGAUGCAGAAUGGGAUCGGCUUUAUGGUAUUGUAUACGACAAUCUCCGUCCGGGAGGCUGGAUCGAACAGGUCGAACUCGAUGUCCGCGUCAUGUCCGACGACGAGACGCUUCCCAAGGAUUCUCUUCUAGCAGGCUGGGGCGAUAACUUCCUUGGCUGUGCGGAACGAAGUGGUCGUCCUCUCUCUACGCAAGAGACAAUGUGUCAACGCAUCGCCAACGCAGGAUUCGUUAAUUUGAAGGACGACCUCUUCAGGUGUCCGCUGGGAACAUGGCCGAAGGAUAAGCGUAUGAAAGAAGCCGGACGGGUGAAUUUCCAUCAUUGGAGUGCCGGGCUUGACGGAUGGGCAAUGUGGUUGCUGACGAAACACGGUGCCCCGGAGCCAUGGAGUGCCGAUGAGGUGAGGGUAUAUGUCGCCGGUGUGAGGAACGACCUGAAGAAGAAAGGGAUGCAUAUCUAUCAUUUGACGUGAGUUUCCUUUUCCGUAAGUUUCUCCUUGAUGCGUGGGCUGACGAUCGAUGCUUUGCAGACGAAGGGUUUGGGCUCAGAAGCCGCUGCUAUGA